UCUCUCCGCCGCGCGCUUCCCUCCAAGGUUCCUCCAGGAGACACGCGACUUGGGCCCCGGCGCGCCUGCGGCUUAGCCUUGACUCCCGCCCACCACGCGGCCGCAGAGAUUUGGGCGCCAACUCGGUGGCUUUGCAUGAGCGCCACCUCCGAUGCUCUUCUUUCUUCCCAGCCUGGCUGUGAAGUUUGGCAGCGCCUGGCCAAGCGAGAGGAGAGCAGAGCCAGGGCUUCUCCCGCCUCUCCUUCGCUCUUCAUCGCUUUCCUUUUUCUCGCCAGGCAGAGAGGAGAAGGAGCCCUAAGACACCCCCCCUCUCUCUCCCUCUCUCCCCUCUCCUCCUGAAGAGAGAGACCCCCGAGGGCUGCCUGGCACCUCUCCUCGGCUACAUAAAGGGCUUGCAUUGCGCAGAGAAGGGAGAGAGCUCUUUGAGGAGGAGGAGGAGGAAGAGGCAGCGGCGACGGCAAGUGGCUCCGCUUUCCUCAUUCCUGAGCGGCAUGGAGUGGGGCAGCCUGGGCGCCGCUUCUCCCACCCAAGGCUCCCGGGAGAGGAGAGCCUUUCCCCCCGCAUGAAGGAGGAAGAGGAGGAGGAGGCGGCUCCGUGUGUCUAGAGCGGCGAGGGUGGGCCAUGGGGUCCAACGGCACCGAGGGGGGACCCUCCAACGCUUCCACCCCCGCCGCCUGCCCCACGCCGCCCGCGGAGCCCGAGCACAACUUCGCCGCCCUGGCCUUCGGCGUCUUCCUCAUCCUCUUCAUCAUCGGAGGGAACCUGCUGGUCUGCCUCAGCGUCUGCACCGAGAAGGCGCUCAAGACCACCACCAACUACUUCAUCGUCAGCCUCGCCGUGGCCGACCUGCUCCUCGCCAUCCUCGUCCUGCCCCUCUUCGUCUACUCCGAGUUCCAGGGAGGUGUGUGGUCCUUGAGCACAGCCCUCUGUGAUGCCUUGAUGACUAUGGAUGUGAUGUUAUGCACAGCCUCUAUUUUCAACCUCUGUGCGAUCAGCGUGGAUAGGUUCAUUGCUGUCUCUAUCCCACUGAACUACAACCGUCGGCAAAUCGAUCUGCGGCAAACGGUUCUCAUCUCCACCACCUGGAUCUUUGCAUUUGCUGUGGCCUCCCCAGUCAUUUUUGGCCUAAACAAUGUUCCAAACCGGGACCCCACUUUGUGUCAGCUGGAGGAUAACAACUACAUUGUGUACUCUUCCAUCUGCUCCUUCUUCAUUCCUUGUCCUGUCAUGCUGGUCCUCUACUGUGCCAUGUUCCAAGGACUUCGGCGUUGGGAGGAGGCUCGGAAGGCCAAGCUGAAGAGCAGCAUUUAUUUGGGGAAUAGGCGGCUGUAUUGUCCACCACCGGUCAUUGAGAGGAACCAAAGUGGGAUUAGGUUGCAGGAGAACAACCUAUAUGCACGCUCUGAAUGCUCUUAUCCUAAGGAUUACAUGAACAAUGGUAUUCAGACUAUAACCUGUCCACACCUCAAAUAUCCACCACAUGGAGGACUCAAAAGGAAGCCAGCCAAAAUCAAUGGCCGGGAAAGAAAAGCCAUGAAAGUGCUGCCAGUUGUGGUUGGUGCUUUCCUUUUCUGCUGGACUCCUUUCUUUGUGGUCCAUAUAACCAGAGCUCUGUGUACGUCCUGCACCAUUCCCAGUGAAGUCACCAGCAUAGUCACAUGGCUGGGAUACGUCAAUAGUGCCCUAAACCCAAUCAUCUACACUGUAUUCAACACCGAGUUUAGGAACUUCUUCCGCAAAGUUUUGCACAUCUUCUGCUAACACUGCUGGAUUCUAAAUAUAGAACUGGACUCUGAAUAUAGAACAGAGGUUAUUGCACAGUGCACUAAAAACCAGACAAAAACAACAUCUUUGUAUAGUUUAUUAAAGAUUUAUUUCUUGGU